CGAAGAAAACUUACAGCAGAAAGAGGGAAAGAGGAGAAGGAUGCAAAAGACCAGGUCUCCCAACCUAGUCCUUAUCAUCUAAGUCCAUGCUCAUGCUUUCUUAUUUACAAAAUUGUUAUCCAGAUUAAACCUGACAAGUGUAUUCAUAAUUUAACUACGACACUGAGUAACACUGGUUUUUCAACUUUGAGUAGCAAGAAGAGAAAGGCACCUGUGGUGUCCUCGACCCCCAACGUCGAGAUUUUGAACGAUAACACAAGUGAAUCGAAUUAUAAUGCAUGCUCAGAUUUCCUCAAGAGCACCCCUUCUCUCAAUAUAGCCCCAUCAAUUUGGAUUAUAAUGAUUGCGACUUUCUCAAGCUCUUUGACUUCACUCAUAAUGGUCAAGGCUAUUUGCUAA